AAUGCCUCCAGCUGCGCAUGUCUAUCCUUUCCAAGAAGAAGAUAAAAAGGUAAAAAUAAAUCAUACUAUUUUGCUUCACAUCUAGACAAUCAAUAAAAUCAUUGUCAAGGAAUAUUAGAAACAAGCCAAUUUUGAUUUUAAUGGAAGCUCAUGAUCCAAAAGAAAGAACAAACUACCACCACUAACACAGAACAAGAUGAUCAUGAUGUGGGGCAUGGAGAGUUGUAUUCCCCGGACCAUGCAAACAAGAUCAGAGCAGCCGAAGUGGGCGAAGGGAUGAUGAAGGUGGUCGAUAUAAGGCGGAACCUGGGGGUAAUCAAGGAGAGGGUGUUGGAGAAGCUGGCUGCAGCCGCAGUACCGGUGGAUGCUUUGGAGAACGCAAGGCACUUGUUGGAGAGUGUGGUAAGAGAUGUGACAGUUGCCGCUCAUGGACUCACCAUGGAUGCUCUGCAACGCAUCAAGAACCUUCUUGUUGAUAUUCUUCCUUCUCUCUCCCCUGCCAUCGCAACAAAGAUGGUGGAUGAUGCAGAGAAGGAAGCAAGAGAGAGCGAUGCAGAAGACGAAGAAGAUGACCGGAAACUUAACCGGGAGUCUCCAUUGCCGCCAUCUCGGCUUUAGGAUAAAUAUGCAGAGGAGAGAGUACUAUAUACUUGAAUAUUUAUAGUUUAAAAAAUGAGAAUUACAAUUACAAGCCUUGAGAUACUUCAAUUGUACCUCUUCUUGAGUUGCAUAUAUACUUCCAUAUUCUAAAACGAUGUUUUAUGGCAAUGUAUUUUGUUCAAAAAUUGAUAAUAAUGCUAUACAACAGGG